UGAUGAAAAUAUUUUUUUUUUACAAGAACAAAGGAAAAAGUAUGUGUAUUGAUGCUUCAUCAACUCAAGAUCAUAUAUGCCAGUAUGUCAAUGAUGGGAACAAGAUGGCUAAUGCUGUCAUGAAACUUUUGACUUUUGAGAGGCCUUGUCUAUGCUUGUUUGAUGUCAGAGAUAUUCAAGAGAAAGAAGAAAUACUGUAUAACUAUGGAGAUACUCAGAAUCUCUGGUGGAGAAAUAAGUGGAACAUACAUGUAAUGGAAACACAGAAAAUGAUGAAAAUGGACAGGGUGACUAUGAGGGAAGCAGUAGCUGCAGCAACCAAAGGAACAAGUCAGGUAAAGCUGUUAAUCAAUUAUGUCUCCCCCAGCAAAAGGAGUACAACAAUAUACCAUGGUGUUAUAAAUUGUGAUACAGAAGUUUCGGUUUGAUUCAUGAUACAUGUAUGUUAAUCCACCCAAAUGAUAUGGCUCCAUUUCAUUUUUAACUCACUAUAGCUGAAAGCUCAUGUGAGGUUUUUUGAUUAGUUUGUCUGUCAUCCGUCAGUCUGUAAACUUUCCACAUUUUCAAUUUCUUCU